AUGUCCAGCGGCGGCGGAGGCGACGAUGGCAGAUCCCCCACCGAUAUCAUCACGUACAUUGGUGUGCCUCUGGCCGUGCUCGGUGUCUUGCCAAUCCUAUACAACACCUUCCUCACCCUCGUCAAUGUCUCCAAGAUCAAGCGCAUACUACGGCACAGCCGGCUGACGGCGCUCACCAGAAGCGACAUCGUCAACAGGGUCAUAGAGAUUGAGCUGCCGCGGUACGCCGUCACCCCGUGGGAUCGGUUCCAGCACCAGUCCGAGUACUGGUCGCUCUCGCGCAGCCCGAGCUCCAUCCCCGGCGGCUCGUGGACCACCUUCAACUGGAGGACCAAUGUCAUCGGUAUCAAGACGCAGAGGGUAGAGUAUGCCGACCAGCUGCGGCAGCCCCAGGUCGACGUGGCAUUUGACGAGCUGAUUUCAUACCUGCUGGAUCUCGGAGCCGUCCCCCAGCCUCAAGGCUGGAAGCUGCUGCGCUCCACGGGUCUGUGGACACCCCUCGGCACCGCCUUGAUGACCUCGCCCGAUGGGCGCGAGAAGGCUCUUACGGUCGCGCCGCUGGAUGACUCGGACGGAAACUUGUCUUUGGCAGUGUCGUGGUCCUCCAACUGGACGACGAGAGACCACUCCAACCUCCCACCAUACUGGGUCAGACUGCCGCCGCCGCUUGAUAGGAAAGCCGAGGAAGUCGCGGAGAGCUCGAACCCCGUCGUCAGCACACCCGAGAACGAAUCGGCCAACGGUGAUGGGGCCAGCAUUGCGAAGAAGUCAAUCGGUUCUGUCGAGCAAGAAGGGCAGGCCAUAGCCAAGAGGCCCAUCACCUGCCACGUUUCUGUCGAAGGCCUGGUCACUGCCCUCGCGCAAGACGAUGACCUCCAGAGCACCCCCCAGCUAGACAGCCUCUACGUCGAGCACCUGAAGAUCCGCAGGGGCGAGAUGCAGGGCGUGUGGUUCGCCAGCGCCAUCACGGCCUUUGGCACCACCAGCCAGACCAUCCUGUGGAACUACAAGAUCCCCGACGAUCUCCUGACCUUUGCCAGGAAGGAAACCGUGCCGUGCGGCGUCCUUGUGCUGCUGGGGAUCGUGGACGAGGCCGACACGCCGCAGUGGGCUACGAAAUACGACGACCAUGGGGCCAACCUGGACAGGUUUGCUCGUCGGAGCAGGGCGACACAAGCCGCCGUCGCGGCAGAAGCUCGGAUGACGCCUGCUGAACGCGCGCACGCCUCGAUGGAGCGGAUGCGCAGGGAGAAUGAGGAUCGCUUACAAGAGAUGCGCGAUCAGACACGCCUUACAAAUCAGAGGCGCGAAGUGCGGCAGACAGAAGCGCUCAACAGCCCGAAGUGGGACGCGAAGAUGGUCGCUCGACACAGCCUGUCCUGGCUGCAGGGCAGGGCCGAAGUGCCGGAAGGCCUGACGGUCAAAGAUGCCGUCGGCGAGCUUCUUCAUCGCAUGGUCCUGGACGGGCAGUUCACUACGUCCAUAUGUCGAUUGCUGGGCCUGUGGAAGGGCUGGGCGGAGAUCGGCGGCAUGAAGAAGGCAGACUUUCGCGCGCUGCAAGACGAAACGGUUCCGUUUGCGCUGGCAACGCUGCUCGUGGCCGUGAUCAACGACACGUCGACGGCUCUCGAGGGCACGUUAUCUACGGAUUUGCAGGACUGCUUGCGAAUGUGGAAGCGGGUUCGGCUCGGAUCGCUCGAGCUCCCUCGUCGUUCUGCUUCAUCUUCACGCUUCGAGAUUCCUCAGUCCCGCUUUCAGCGACCCAUUGGAUCCCGUACCUUUCAUACCCCCAAGCCGUUGGCUCCCCUAACUCCCCGCUACUCCUCGGCCGACUCCCCGGCUCGUCCCCCCGUGCCUCCACUCAGCUCCGUCAUAGCCCCGAUCACACGGCAACAAAGCUCUGCGACCAACAACAGCAACAACACCACCAACACCACCAACACCACCACCAGCACAAGUACCAACACCACCGUAAACGCCAUGGCAGAGGGAGAACCGACCGGCCUCAUCGCCACCAAGGGCAUCGAGCUCCUGACCUUCUCCACGCCCAACGGCUACAAGGCCUCGGUCCUGCUCGAGGAGCUCAAGGAGGCCUACGGCCUCGACUACACCUGGCAGUCGGUCAACAUCACAAAGGGCACGCAGAAGCAGGCCUGGUUCACGGCCGUCAGCCCCAACGGGCGCAUCCCGGCCGUCGUCGACCACGACCGCGGCGGCUUCCCCGUCUUCGAGGGGCUCGCCAUCCUGCACUACCUGACCAAGCACUACGACCCGGAGCACCGCUUCUCCUUCCCCUACGACAGCGACGACUACUCGGUCGCCGAGCAGUGGAUGGCCUGGCAGCACGGCGGCCUGGGGCCCAUGCAAGGCCAGGCCGGCAUCUUCGUCCGCUUCGCGCCCGAAAAGAUCUCCUACGGCAUCCAGCGCUACGUCGGCGAGGCAGAGCGCCUCUACGGCAUCCUCGACGCCCGCCUCUCGGGCGGCCGGGACUACGUCGCGGGUGCCGGCAGGGGCAAGUACAGCAUCGCCGACAUGGCCAUCCUCGGCUGGGCCAACGGGCCCCGGGCGGCGGGCAUCGACCGCGCGCGGUUCCCCAACGUCGAGGCCUGGUUCCGGCGCUGCACGUCCCGGCCCGCGACGAAGAGGGGCCUCGAGAUCCCCGUCGCCAGCGCCUUCUCCAACGCGGCCAUCGAGCAAAAGAUCGCCGAGGGGGACAAGGAGGCCAUCGACAAGGACGAGGCGACCCGCAAGCUGGUCGAGGACGCCAAGAAGCAGUACAACUACCAGUACAAGUCGCCGUGA